AGCUAUAAGCUAGAAAAUUGAGGUUCAUAAGACAUGGGGUUUUUUUAAAAAAGGGGACCUGUCAGACAACCGUGCGACCACUCCGGAGAGGUCAAGACCAAGCCGGAUAGCGAUCCUCUACAGCACGGAGAGUCCGAGGACUGUCGUAGCCGUUAAUCACACUCAGAUCGCACGGCCAUGAUUCAUCAACCAGGUUUAGGGGCCUGUCUCCUUAGAAAUCAAGGAUACAGAGGUACGAGCCUAUAGAACAGAUCCUGUUCAAGUAAGGUCGUGACCACUACCUUCUUCUCUUCGCUAUAUAAACAACACAGUUUCUUUCCGUGUGUUCCGAUGUGGGAGGAAUAAACAACUUCAGAGUUCAGACAUACGAAGCUCAAAACAUCCAUACGUCAUCGUUUAGUUUAUCUCAAUGAACUGAAACAAAAAGGUUUCUUUCUCUCAAUCACAAUCGCAUUUGCUUACACUCUUUUGGAUUUGGUUUGCUAAAAUAUAUGUUUGAUCGGAAAGCUAGAGUCUUUGAUUUCAGCUACGGAUUUCCUUUGAAACUGAUUUGGCUUUUACUUGAAGAAUACUUUUUCCAAAAUGAAACCAUAACCGGUACAAAACCCGGCUGGUUACUCAUGGUCGGUCGGUGGUCAGUCGGUUCUUUUCAUCCAACAUUAAAAGUUUCAGAAAGAAACCAAAAUGGAGAAAAAAAUGAUACCAAUUUUAUCGGUUCAAUUCUACGUAAGUCUCGUAGAAAACCAAUUUAACCUAAACAAAUUUCCAAGUUGGUGAAGAUAUUAUAAAUUUAUAAUCAAGAUUAUUGAAUUUCAAUUUGAACCCAAACGAACCGAUGCUAGAAGCCUGGAACGUUGGUAUCUAUUCUGCCAUUAUACGCAACAAGGGUGUUGAAACAAUGAUUCAACUUCUGAUUUAAGUGGAGUGAAGGUGUUGAAAAACAAAUAUGAGGUAGUUUACUUUGUGUUGCAUUUAAGCUAUGUUCGUUUUCAUAUUUGGUGGAAAACUCGUUUUUACUAUAGAAAACACAAUUUUAUGAUUUUGAUGCAAAAACGUGAUUUUAUUGUUUUGCAAAGAAAAGUCAAUAUUACAGUGUUGGCAGGAAAUUUUUAUUUUACGGUUAAGCAUGAAAAACGUGGUAUUUUUCGUGGAAAAACGUAGUUUUUUAUGAAAGUUCGAUUUUAUAGUUUUGACGGAAAACUUUAAUUUUACUGUUUAGUUUUACAAUUUUGGCGAGAAAACAUGAUUUUAUGAUUUUGGUAGAAACCCAUGAUUUUCGGUGUCGACAUAAUAUAUAAUUUUUGGUUUUAAAUAUAUAUAACUAAUUAAUAUAAAAUUAGUUAUUUUAUACUUAUACUUGUACUGGCGUAUAUUUAAUUUUUUCGGAUUUUAAAAUGUUAAUUUUGCAUUCAAACUAUACAUUUUUGCAUCUAAAAUAUCUAAAUUUUCCAUAUGCAGCAUUUGGAUACAUAUGCAAUAUGUCCAAACUAGCAAUAUAUGAAUAUUUGCAUCCAACAUCAAAUAUGAACAUAACUUUAUUCAACUAGUUGAAAAAAGAAAUGGAGAUCACAUGUGUAUAUUAUAUUUAGUUUUAAAAUUAUUAGAUAUUUUUAAAAUAAUUGUGCUUUUAAAACAUUUUAAAACACCAGUUAUAAAUUAAACUACCAUAAAAUUGAAUUACCCAUAUAUUUUUUUAUCCAAAAUAUUUAAAGUUUCAUGGAUCAUUCGAAAGUACUGAAUUACCUAAAUAUUUAAAUUUAUAUGAAUUACCCGAUAUUUACCAGAAAAUAUUAUCUGAACCGAGCUUGGUGAGAAACAAGUAAAGAGACGAAACUUGUCGGUGGGUAAGUUUCGAAUGCGUUUUAUUAGAUCAGAAAAAUGUUUGUUGGUUACAAAUGAGAAAACGCCGAUGCUUAGAGAGGUGGUUGGGAAAAUACAAAGCAAAUAAACCCUAAUCCUAGCCGUCAACUUUGUAUGGUGAUGUUCGGAUUCCGUUCUUAUUGUCCCUUCCACUUCUUAUAUAGAUGGUCUGCAUUUCUCUUUCCCUUAGAUCGCCUUGUUCUAAUGGGCUUUAUCUUGUCGGGCCAAGUAACCAGGUCGUUAACUCGAGCCGCUGAGCUGGAUGCUUUUAGUCGCUUUUUUGGUCGGCUAAAAGUAAUCACAAACCAAGCUAAUGCAUUGUUCUCGAGAUUCGUAAAGCCGAACUGAUUCCUAGAUUUGAUGGACAGACCUGCUAUCUAAUAGGCUUUGUGGAUGGACAUAAUUCAUCUAAUAGAAAUAUAUAAAAAUCUAAUUUUAAAACUCAAAAUGCCUUAUAUCUACAACUCUUUCUGAUUGGAGGAAACAUGAACCCUCAGAAGAAAUAUUUUGAUAUGAUUAAAAAAAAAGAUUGUGGAAUCAUUUUGAGCCGAGCGAGCCAAAUAAACUCAAAGAUCAACAAAACUUGAUGCUUUAAGGUUUGGUAAUAACUAAUCAGUACCAGUCCACAUAAUCAUGUUCCCAUUUCAGUUCGACUUGUGGUUAAAACAGUAUUUGACUGCACUACUGCAGUGACGUUAAAAUAUAGAGAAAAUUACUAGAAUGUUACACAUUUUAUGGUUUAUUACUAGAAUGUUGUACAUCUUUGUUUUAUUAAUAGAAUGUUUUCUCUUUCCUAGUAAUUUACAAUAAGGGGCUUUUGUUAUGUUUUAUUUUCUGAAACUAAUUUUAAAGAUCAAAGCCACAUCAGUUAUUAAAAAUCCACAUCACAUCAGUUAUUUUCUGAAACCAAACCGUCUCUAUCACUAUCACUAUCAUACAUACGGUUUUGUCAAAAAAAGAAAAAGAAAAGAACACGAAGAACUGUGUUGUGUCGAAGAAGGAACCGCAAACCGAAAUCCUCUCACCCUUCGAAACCCUCGUCGACAUUGUUCUUUACUUCCUCGAACUCUCUCUAACUCUCUGUCGUUAAACUCUCUAUAACUCUCUGUCGUUGAACUCUGUCUCGUCGGAGUUUUUAGAAACCGUCGUCUGUACGAAAUCGCCUUCACCGCAUUCUCAUCAACGAGUUCAUCUUUUCCGGUAAGAUGUCGCGACGUUAUAUAUUGUAUUUUGGUUGAGUUUGUGGGUCAGUUAUAUAUUGCGACUGAGAUUGUUUGUGUUUUGGUUGAGGCUGUGAUAUGGGUGUGUCGAGGUUUUUGUUGCGACUGAGUUAGGGUUAUGUUGACUGUGCUAUGGGUUUGUCGAGGAUUUUGUUGUGUCUGAGUUAGGGUUAUGUUGCGGCUGAGAUAUGUGAUUGUCUAGGCUUUUGUUGUGUCUGAAUUAGGGCUUUUUGUUGUGGCUGAGUUAUGGUUAUGUUAUAACUGAGUAAUUAUUAUGUUAUGGCUGAGUUAUGGUUAUGUUAUAACUGAGUAAUUAUUAUGUUAUGGCUGAGUUAUAUAUAUGACCUAAUAUAUUUUAAUAUUAUGAUAUGGCUGUGUUAUUUUUAUGUUGUGGCUGAUUUAUUGUUGUGUUAUAUGAUCAGAUGGAUGUUAGUCAAGUCGAACCACGUGAUUACCCUCCAAGACUUUACCCUUCUAACCUAGAAGGUAAAGAUAUCAAUCAUAAUUUCCGUGCAGGACAUUUCCCCCACAUUAAAGAAACAAUAGGACUCGAUGUGUGGGAAGAACUGGUGAACUCUCCCAUUGGAGUAGUUGCUAGGCUACUUUCACGCGAAAGCAUUUGGUCUGGUAGGACCGUACACUAUCUGCUAUGUAGACAGCUGCGAGUGCAUAAAAACGAGAUAUGGUCUGUUGUGGUUGAUGAUGUUAUCAGGUUUAGCUUGCUCGAGUUUGGUGAGAUCACUGGGUUAAACACAGGUCCAUUGCCAACAGAAAGUUUUGAACCUGAUCAAUACAAAGAAUUUUGGGAGGAGUUGAAGGUGCCGCUUGGGAUGGGACCCAAGUAUGAUGAGCUGAAGGCAGCAUUAGAGUUCUGUCCUGGUUGGAGUUUUGAAAAGCGUAAGUGGUUGGGGAUGUUAUUUCUUCAAGCCAUGGGACUGUACUGUUUGCAUCACAAUUCAAGGAUACCCUUUCAAAGUGCAAUAAGGGUAUUCGACGAUGAAGCCAUGAGGUCGUAUCCAUGGGGUCGGACUGCAUACGAAGUUCUUGUUGACUCUCUGAAAACACUGUGUCCAGAUGGAAAGUCAUACACAGUAAGCGGCAUGAAGGACGUUUUAUUGGUUUGGGCGUAUGAGUCCAUCGUCUGUUUCGGUGAGAAGUUUGGGAGAGUGGUCAACAAUGAAGACGUUCCUCUUUUGCGAUGGGGUGGAAGGCGUACACGUUCAAGUUUUGAUACUGUCUUGUCUGACGAAAUCAAAGAUCAUGGCGAGGUCCGUUUGAGGAGAAUGGUUAUGAAGGAGUCAAUUGAAGAGAUGUUUCCUGUAUGGUCGGAUGAACCUGACGACCCACAACUCGUUAGGUUGGUAGAAGACAUACACGCAGGUAGAUACGUGAAAGGUUUCUGGGAAGUACAGAGGGAUGAGCAGGGGAAGGGGAAUGAGAAGAAGAAGAAGAAGAAAACGAAGGGAGUUUCAUCAGAAGCUGAGCCAUCAACAAAGAAGCAGAAGAAAGAAGCUGCUGAAACGAGAAAGGGUUCUAGCAAGGAGGAAGCUGUAUUGGACAAAGCGACUCUGACGAAUCUUGUGAGUGCUCUGCAGAAUAUUUCAGCAAAAUUUGACGCUUACGAUUUUGACCGGAACCGGCCAGUGAUGGACGAGAAGACCCUAGAUAACGUGGUGAAAGCUGUAGUGCAGCAGAGUCUGAAAGUUUUGGGGGAAAGGAAAAUUACCGACAACGAUGCUAAACUCUCCUCCGCCGGCGUAGAAAAAUCUUUAUCGGUGACAUCAUCACCUCGUAGGAGGUCGCCACCGGAAAAGUCGGACAAAAGUCCAGUGGUAGAACCGCAGGCCCAGGAGGAGAAGUCUGUAAAAACUCCAGUGACAGAACCGCGGCAGCAGAAAAAGCCUGUCAAAAGUCCAGAGCCGCCGCAGCAGAAAGAGAAGGCUGUCAAAAGUCCGGUGCCGCCGCAGCGGAAGGAGAAGGCUGUCAAAAGUCCGGUGCCGGCGCAGCAGAAACAGCAGAAGUCAGUCAAAAGUCCAGCGUUAGCUGAGACCCCUGCAAAGAAGAAUUCGGAGCUUGAGAAGGAUACAGUGGUGAGAAGGAUUUUGGGUGAUGAUUUUAAUGAAAUUGAUUUCAUCAGUGUUUCUCCUGCAAAGAUUACUAAGGAUGCUAAGGAUGGUAAGGAUGCCAACGUUCCAGCCUAUGGACGCGGCUUACGGGGCAAGGCCAAGCGUAUUGUUACUGUAAAGGAUAAGGCUAUCGAGGAUAAGAAAAAAGCACAGCGGGCAGAGGCUGCGUUGAAGAGGAAGGAGAAGCAAGAGGCUAAGAAAAAAGAGAACGAGGAGAAGAAACAGAAGAGAAAAGCGGCUGAGUUACAAAAGAAACAAGAGGCUGGGUUACAGAAGAAAAAGAAGGAAGACGAGGCUGAGUUACCGAAAAAAAAGAAGGAAAAAGAGGCUGAGUUACCGAAGAAGAAGAAAGAAGAAGAGGCUGAGUUACAGGAGUCUGAGGAAUGUGUUGUGACCAACGACGAAGUUCUUGCAGAAGAUAACGCAUUGGCGGCGGAGUCUGAUGUCGAGCCAGCUGAAUUGAUUAGAUCUUCCGUGAUAAAGGAACUUCGGGAGAAAUCAGUUAAGUUAUCUCCACAAGGGUUUUCAUUGACGAACCUUGAUUCAGCACCAGAUUUUCUGUACAUUGGAGACAAUGGACAGACGACUUGCAUGAGGAAGAACAUUACGCCUUCAUCAGUAAUAUACGACCCUUGCGCACCUGUUGAUCCGGCGCGACUGGAAAAACUGAAGCAACACAUUAAGGCAAUUCCACCCAAACCACCAGCACCUAAAGAUAAACCAGAAGAACCCUCAGCUGAUCAUGAGAGUGACUUCUACAGCAUACUCAUGCAUGAAAGACCGUGGCCUGACAAAGAAUAUGGAUGGGUGUUUGAUAAUGUAAGUCUUUAUUAAGGCUGACUUAUAUAUUCUAUAAAGGCUGACUUAUAUAUUUAAUUCAUUAUAUUACGGCUGACUUAUUAUUUUUCUUUGUCUAGCAUAUCGCUGCGUAUAUGAACGUCCUCAUACAAAGGUCCAUGCGAGAUCCCACUCCAUUCUGGUCCAAGCGGAUUGGUUUCAUAGACCCUUGGUUGUUAAGUUCUUGGGCUUCCCUCGAUUACAGACAGUUCAGGAUGAAACCUGCUUCGUUCAAGUUCAAAGACUGUGGUUAUGAAGCGUUGGUAAACGGGAGAUUCCCCGAAGAAUUUACAACAAACUUGAAGUGGUAUGCAGAUGUGGAUCACGUGUACGGAUGUCUUCAAACCGGCGGUAAUCACUGGGUGGCGUUUCACGUGGAUCUGAUCAAGGAGAAGAUAGAUUGCUACGAUCCAAUCUAUGGAGAGUCAACACCCGAAAGUGAGCAAAAAAUGCUAAAUGCUUUUAGACCUCUACUGGAGAUGCUUCCCUGGAUGUUGAAUGAGCUUAUUCCUGCCGAUCUCCGAAAGCAUUCUAGGAAGAGGUUCGCAUUCAGACGGAGGAGCAAAAGAUACAUUCCACAAAACAACAUGUCAGGUGAUUGUGGGGUUUAUUCGUUGAAGUUUGUGGAGUGUCUAGCGCUUGGUGUAACCUUUGAUGGCAUAAACGAUAGUAAUAUUCAAGGGUUACGGGUGAAGAUGGCAGCAGAUAUCCUCGAGGAAGGAGGAAAUGUUGGAAUGAACAAUUUGUUUUCAUAAUGAAACUGUGUUUGUUUGUGAACCUGUGUUUGUUGUUAUGUUAACUAUUUGACUUUGGAUAACUGUUGUAAUAACUCAGUCGUAUCGAUUAGUAAUACUCAGCCAGUACUCAUUGAUAACUCAGUCAUACCUCAAACAUACCCUAGAAUCAAAAUAAUUAAUAAUUUUUCAUUCGAAUGUUAUAUAUAAAGUCCAAUUAUCAAAAUAAUUAAUAAUAACUCAAUGUGUGAGCAUGAUCUUUGUUGACUAUACGAGUUUGGAAUCGAUUAUAAUCUUGAGGUAUAUGUUGUCUCUUACGAGUACCUAAAACUCUAGGCAGUGAUAUGAGGUGUGUGCAUGAUUCAAAACACGUAAACUGUUAUUGUGUUAUUUAUUAUGAAUUUGUGAUAUUUAUCAUAUCUUGUGGUUCGUACAUCAUAAAUCAUAACCCUAAACAAUCUUAUUCGGAACCCAAACCCUAAAUAACUAAACCCUAUACCCUAAACGGCAAACAACAAAUCAGCCGUAAAGGUCUUAAUAACUCAGCCUGUUAGUGUAAGUUAAUAUUUACAUAUGGCGCGAAAAUUUUAGAUAUUUUAUCUCGCGACCUUUAAUGUUCUAUACUUCCCCUAUAUAUAGCCCCCUUCUCUUGCACCUUCUCGCCUUAUCUCACUAGAAAACCUAAACAAUAUCUCUAUAUCGCCUUACAAAGUUAUGAUUGUUCCUGGUUAUUCAGAAAGGUUAGAGAACAGAGUCAAUGAGAUACUAAACUCUGAAAAUCGUGAAAACCUUCCCGUUCUAUACCCUGGCCCGGGUGUCUUGCUUGACAGCGUAAUCUGGUUUAAAUUUCUAAGCGAUCUCUCCCUGGCCAUCCCGUCGAUUUUAGCAGAAGGAUGGGUUCAUGAUUGGCCGACAUGGCGCGCCAUUCCCGAUCAUUUUAAGGAACACUGGUUUUUUCAACUCGCUGUAAGGACAACAUCUUUGAAUUGUUUUUGAUAUUAGACAUAAUAACAGCACUUACAUUUGGAAAUUGGUUUUUUGUUGUAGCGCAAACGCACAUGGGCACGAAGAUAUAAUUUUCAAGUUUGGACAAAUUUUAAUCUGGUGGCCAGAACGGUGUUUCGUUGUCAGAUGCGCCUCUUGAAGAGGAGGUGGGCACAUGGGGGUGAGAAGCCUGCGUGGAUGCUAACUAGAGUUUGGCGUGAUCUUGUCCACAUGUUUGAAGAAUUUGGUCCUGAUAAUUUUGGUUUUAGAAAUUGAUUUGUUGUUUUUGUUUGUAUUCAGCCGUCAAGUUUUUGUAAAGUUGUUUAACUCAGCCGUUAAGUUUCUAUAAAGUUGUUUAACUCAGCCAUUAAGUUUCUAUUAAGUUGUUUAACUCAGCCGUUUAGUUUCUAUAAAGUUGUUUAACUCAGCCGUUAAGGUUUUAUAAAGUUGUUUAACUCAGCCGGAAUUUUUUGUUCGACAUACAUAAUGGCAUAGCAAAAAACAUAAAAAAGAUAAGAUUCUGAUGCAGAGACAUCUUCACCACUUACUUGUGUCCCUAAACAGGCUUAUCGGUUCAAAAUCACGAAAGAACAAGGAAAUCUCUUUGAUCCAGAAACAGCGCUCACACAUGUUGUCGUCCUUAGUCACAUCAAUGUGCCAUAGGCAGAGACAUUGUCGGUCCACAACAUUUGCACAUUGGCAAAGGUAGAAGGACGGAACAUAAGUAGAAGUGAACAUGGCCUUAAUUUGACGGAACUCGUCAGUAUGCCACAAACCCCAUCCCCAUUUCGCAUCUCGAACAAGUUUCCCGAUCCUGUCAACAGUUGCUCUUGGAAUUCUCCGAAAAUACUGCGCAUCACCGUAAAAGAUUGCUUGAGUCAUAGCGUGUGUAUACACUGCACGCUCAUAUCCUGCAUCUGCUGCACGCUUGAGGAGAGAAAGGCCAUAAUCUUGCUCAUCGUAUAAGUAGAAAAACUGUACACCCUUUACAUAAAUUGUGCUUGGAUUGUUCUCAGCGUAGCAAGUUUUCAACAACUGAGAUGGCAUAAUGAGACCCCAGGGAAAGGAUAACACAUCGAAAUAAUGGUAUACCCUACGCAUCUCUGCUAACGCCUUCAUCGACCUGGACGAUGCUCUGAGGCGGUAGAGAUCUUGGAAGGAGUUACGGGCCACACGUUCAACCACCAUUGCCUGAAGAUCUUCAGACAAUUCAAGCAGAGGGAAAUAUUCCAUUUUCUCUGAGAGGACAGUUGUGUAAAAGAUAGAGAGUUGAAGAUGUGUAAUUGUUUGAGAAGUACCUUAUUUAUCUGCAGUUAACGGUUGUAGUUUCGUAUCGCGGCGUUUCUUAUUUCUUAUUUUGAGCGGGAAUUUAAUCCAUAACUCAGCCGUGUAUUACAAUAACUCAGCCUUAGUUGACUUCGCGACGUUUCGUGUUUCUAGCGGGGAAGUUUUUUUCAACUGCGUUUGAAUAAAAGAGCUGACAUUAGAAAUCACGACAAUUAUUAGGCGUGUGAGUAACAUUAUCUCAGCCAAUGAAGAUUAAUUUCUCUUAAUUUAAUUCGCUACUUUCGUAUUCCACUUUAUAAUCAAUAAUUACGUAGGGGCUAUUACGUAACGUAGGGCAAUUAAGUACGGACAUUUCGUUUUUCGAUGUCUGUGUCUCUCUUGAGUAAUGGGAAGCGGGCAAAUCAAUGAAAAUAAAAACCCAACCACAAUACAAAAUUUGAAAAACAUUAACGCAGCCGUCAUAGAACAUUAAAACAAAAAAACCCAGCCGUAUUACAACACAAAACCCAGCCGUAUUACAAUUAAUAAUCCAGCCGUUGUGCAAAUCAAUGAAAAUAAAACCCAGCCGUAUUACAACACAAAACCCAGCCGUAUUACAAAA